AGUUACAACUCUGAUCGUGUACAUCCUGUCGUUUGUCGGCAUGAUCGUCUUCACCUUCACCCUGAACCUGGACAACAUCUACCUGGUCUUUUUCACAGCUGGAGUCCUCGGGUUUUUUAUGACAGGUUACCUGCCUCUGGGCUUUGAGUUCGGGGUGGAGAUCACGUAUCCGGAGUCUGAAGGAACGUCUUCAGGACUCCUCAAUGCUUUCGCUCAGAUUUUUGGGAUCAUUUUCACACUGAUCCAAGGCAGACUGACCACAGCCUACAAACCACUGGCUGGAAACCUUUUCCUUUCCGCCUGGAUCUUACUAGGAGUCAUUCUUACUG